AUGGAAGAUACCAGCAGUGUUGCAGUAUUGGUACCUGGUAUUGGUGAACAAGAAGCUGUAUUGAUUUCUGAAACUGUCAUCAGUCCAUCAUUGGAAAUAGGGGAUGAACAGAGAAAAUAUAAAACAGACCCACUUAUUGAUGUUAUCCAGAAAUUGAGCAAGAUUGUAGAAAGUGAAAAGUCACAAAGAUGCCUUUUAAUUGGGAAAAAACGCUCCCAUCCAAAUGCUUCAAUGCUCACUCUUGAAACACAGGACCUUUGUGAGAUUCCUGCUAAAACAAUUGAACUACCUGCUUCUGGCACUAAAAGAACUGAGGAGCUGCAAGGUGAUUAUUAUAUCACUGAUUAUUUUCCACAGAAUAAUAGAAAGACUAUGUGUUACCAGUGCAGUCUUUGUAAGUUCUUAUCUUCUUCUUUGUCUGUGUUAAAAGAACAUAUCAAACAGCAUGGCCAGCAGAAUGAAGUGAUAUUAAUGUGCUCUGAGUGCCAUUUUAUAUCUAAGAGCCAAGAAGAACUUGAAGCUCACAUUGUAAAUUACCAUGGAAAUGAUGCCAAAACUCCUAUCGAAUCCAAAGUUCAGCAGUGCACUGGCCUUUCUAACCCCUCACUUCAGGGAACAAUAGAAGGGAAUCUCAAAACCGUUUCAGACCUCACUGUGAACUUGGACAGUAACGACAUGCAGACAAUCCAAGCUGCUUCUGUGGCAGAGAUGGGGAGGAGGAAAUGGUACACAUGUGAGCAGUAUGGCAUGUACCGGUGCUUGAUUUGUAGUUAUACUUGUGGUCAGCAGAGAAUGUUGAAAACACAUGCUUGGAAGCAUGCGGGGGAAGUAGAUUGUUCCUAUCCAAUUUUCGAAGAGGAAAAUGAUACUUUGGGCUUGUCAGACUCCUCAGCUACCACAGCUCAAGGAGUUGAAACAGUAGUUCUUGCUCUAGAAGAUGAUGAGCUGGGUAUUCAUAGUGGGCAGUCUGUUCAGGUGCAAAUCUGUAGUUCAGAACAACUGUCAUGCAGAUCUGUUGAACAAAACAGAGAAGUAAAUGAAAGCCUAAGACAGUCAACAUCCCUUGACCCUAAUGGAGAAGAAAUGUUGGAGGUGAUGUCUGAUACUGAAGACGGUCUGAUGGCUGAUAGCCUACUUUCAUCAGCACAGAAAAUCAUUAACUGCAGCCCAAAUAAGAAAGGUCAUGUUAAUGUAAUUGUGGAACGUUUGCCUAGUGCUGAAGAAACGGUGUUACAAAAACCUUUUCUGAUGAAUACUGACAUGGAAGAGGAAAAAAACCUAAUCUCCACAAAAACCCAGAUUGUUCGUGAAGAAUCAGAUGAAGUGUAUCAAACUGAUAAAAGCACUGUUGAAAUUGAAGAGGUGAUCAUAGGCUGGAGCAAUCCUGAGAAGAAAGACAAUGAGAUCAUCUCAAAUAAAGUUCUUGCUGCUGAUGAGAAUGCCCCUCCAGGCCGAAGAAGAACAAAUUCUGAGUCCCUAAGACUACACUCUUUAGCAGCAGAAGCUCUGGUCACAAUGCCUAUAAGAGCUGCAGAAUUAACUCGAGCCAGUCUUGGGCACUAUGGGGAUGUAAAUCUUUUAGAUCCAGAUACUGGGCAAAGACAAGUUGAAAAUACCAUAGCAGCAUAUUCUAAAUUGAUGUCUCCACUUAACUCUACAGAAGUGUUAACUAGCUUUAACCAAAGUGACUCUACAUUAGUAGAACUUACAGAAGACAAACAAGAAUUAUCAGAAGUGCCCGUUAAAAUGGGUAUUAGCAUGUCCCUGCUCACUGUAAUUGAAAAAUUGAGAGAAAGGACAGACCAGAAUGCUUCAGAUGAUGACAUUUUGAAAGAAUUGCAGGACAAUGCUCAGUGUCAGCCCACUGGUGAUUCAAGCUUGCCUGGAAACAGCUUGGUAGAAUUUAUCCCCAAUGCUGAUCGACCAUACCGUUGCCGCUUAUGUCACUAUACUAGUGGUAACAAGGGCUACAUUAAACAGCACUUGCGAGUCCACCGUCAGAGACAGCCUUACCAGUGUCCUAUUUGUGAGCAUAUAGCUGAUGACAGCAAGGAUCUAGAGAGCCACAUGAUCAACCACUGUAAAACCAGGAUGUAUCAAUGCAAACAGUGUGAAGAAUCUUUUCAUUAUAAGAGCCAGCUGAGAAACCAUGAAAGAGAGCGACAUACUGUUCCAGAUAAUUUGUCAAAAGUAAAUUCAAAUGAACCAAUAGUUUCAAAUGAGGCAGCUGAAGGAAAAUGUAUUCGGGAAGGUAAUAGAUCUUCAAUCCAGAGACUAUAUAAAUGUGAUGUGUGUGAUUAUACAAGUACAACCUAUGUUGGUGUCCGGAAUCACAGACGAAUACAUAGCUCUGAUAAGCCAUACAGAUGUUCUCUAUGUGGAUAUGUAUGUAGCCAUCCUCCAUCUUUGAAAUCCCAUAUGUGGAAACAUGCAAGUGACCAAAAUUAUAACUAUGAACAAGUGAAUAAGGCCAUCAAUGAUGCAAUUUCACAAAGUGGCAGGGUUCAAGGACAAUCUCUUGGAAAAUUUUUAUCAGAAAGCACUGAUGAGAAAGCUAAUUCUAUUGUGGGGAUUUCAGAGAAUUUGGUAUCAUUUUCAGAAACUAUUAGCCAGGCUCCCAGUGAAGUUAUAGGCCCCAGUGAGAAUAAAAAACUUAGCUCAGCUAAGAAUAAUACUUCACAAAAUUCAGAAAAGCACCCCAAACAGGCCCUUCCCAAUAUGGAAUACUGUGUUUUACUCUUCUGUUGUUGUAUUUGUGGUUUUGAAUCUACUAGCAAAGAAAACCUCUUAGAUCACAUGAAAGAGCACGAAGGUGAAAUUAUAAACAUCAUUCUAAAUAAGGACCACAAUGCAACUCUAAGCACAAAUUAGUUGGAAUAAUCUUUCUAGCAUCAGCUCUACCUUUAUUAAUAUCCACUGAGGUACUAGAAAAAGAAGAACUUACUUGUGUGAUAUUUGUAUAAAUGGCAAGUGUGACUUUGGUGAACUGAAUCCACCUAAUGCAGUAAGAAAAGGAAUUCUAAAUGGGCAAUACUUAAUAAAGAAUAAAUACUCCUAGUUAGUGAAUGCAAAUGGGGAAAAAAAAAAACAAAAGAAAUUUGUAUUGACCCUGUAUUCCUCCAUCUUGUGCCAAAUGUUUGCAUUUCCAAAUGCCUAUUAUAGACCUGAACAAAGGAGUUAAUAUAAAGUGUUUUCAGGAACUACUGUAAUAAAUAAAAAUACCUCCUUUAUUUUAGGUAAAGGUCAUUUGUUCUCCUUUCUAACUGGUGGUAUAACAGCUCUUGGGGGUAGAGAAUUUUACCUAAGAAACUAGGUCUGUUAAGUGUUAACUAACAGAGAGGACAAGAUCAGAAGGGAUGUACGGAACAAGUAGACUUUGGGACAAGAGAAUGUUUUUAGAGUCUCAUUGACUAUCUUUGCAGUAUGUUUUUGCAAUCCCAUGCGAAACUAAAAAGAAUCAGUCAUCCAGUGAAGUUUGGCAUAAAUGAGACUUUACAUACAAACCCAGCCACCUCUACAUUCAAGUGUGGUGUUCAAGUAGAUGUUUUAAAAGUGUCUUUUCAUCUACUUGUAUGGGAUCAUUUUGGAGAAGGAUAAGGGAGAAAUAAUCAA